UGUUACACUGUCAGAUAACACUGUCAAAUAACCCAACCUGAGUAAAUGGAUAUCUUUCUUUCAGGCUACACAAUAACUUGUAUCAACACCUAUUUUUUCGCUGUAAGCUGUCCAUUACCGUGCCCCAACUUUUUAUUCAGUACGUCUUACGCAGUCUACAUAAAAAUUGCCCUACGAGACAGCUGACAAGGUCUUCAGCAGCAGAUAUAUCAUAUAUGCAGUGUAUUGAAACCAGAACUUGAAACAAAAUGUGUUGACAGGUAGCAAGUAUAGGAUAACUUUAACCCCAACAGCCUUUAAUCUGCUCUUGCCCUUCCAAGAAGCAGCAUAUAAGCUAAAACUAUAGGAACAGGACAACUAAUUCAUACCUAAAUAUACAACAAAUUUUAUAACUAUGGAGUGAAAAACAAAGAAAGGAAACGAACGCGUUUCACUCGCACGCCUUAAAGCACGUGCAAGCAGUGGUAGAGAAAUAGACCCAAUACGAGAGCCCGUUGAACAAAUUUAGGAUUUUUUUCUGUUGUACUGCAACUGUACAGUUGCAUUACAAAGACACUCGAAAACAGCUCCAGUUUCUAUGGACGGUCUUCCAGCGAGCUGGCGAUAAACUCGGAACGAAGUUUGAUCGAUGAUCACGCACGCAUUGUUCAACGUCAAACACGCGAGGAGUUCACGCAUCUCGCGGUAUUCGCUCGAGCUUAGUGGAUAUCGAGCGAGGCAUCCCUGAAAGAUAAAACCCAGAAACUUCAGCUCGGCAGGAAACCAUAUCAGAUUCCAUUUCAACGAGUCAAAGGUUAUCUGGAAGCUCUAAAACACGUAAGGUUUCAAAACAUCUCUGGUUUAUUUGGCAUACGCUGCGUCCUUCGAGGUAAGUUGUGCUACGACUAUUUCCACCUGGAGACGUGUUAGUACGUAGUUUAGGUGAGGGUUGCAGCAUUAACAGAACAUGAAGCUUGUGAUUGCCUUCAUCCUUCAAAAUGUUUUCUUGUUGGCUGUUUAUGGACAAAGAGUUAGACCAUGGACUCAGAGAGAUUGUCAAAGGAUGACCCGCGAGUGUGAUCAAAUUACACGCGGAGUCCAAGGCGCACCCGGACCACCAGGUUUACCCGGGAAUCAGGGGGCUCCGGGCCCGGCAGGCCCGCAAGGUGCAAAAGGAGUUAGAGGACCCCCAGGAAGAUCUCGACCUGGGCCUCUUGGGCCGCCCGGACCCCCUUCUGGUGGAGCACGACCCGGUCCCCCAGGGGAUUCUGGAGAACGAGGGAUACGCGGCAAUCCCGGUGACCGUGGAGAUCCUGGAGAACUGGGCCUGCGAGGUAGGAAGGGAUAUGAUGGGUUUCCAGGAUAUAGGGGAAUCAAAGGUGAAGAAGGGGAUGUUGGCAAGCCCGGUCCCCCCGGUAUCGUGGGAUCUCCCGGUGCAAUGGGAAGCUGGUCGCGUUGUUCAUGGGAGUUGAACCGCAAUAAAGAUAACGGCCUUCUGAAGGAAUGCAUCUACUCUAAGCAAGACUCUAACUCAGUUCUACACGUUGUUUACGAAGGCAACCUUCAGAUCGGCCUUUGCAAAGACUGCUGCAAGCGAUGGUACUUCAUCUUCAACGACGUCGAGUGCCAAAACCCAGGCCCUAUCGAUGCAGUAAUGUCAGGAGGUCUGGGCCUCAACUAUCCAUUCUACUCCUAUGGCAGAAUCGAAGGCUUUUGCGAAACAAGAUUUUCUUCAGGGCCAGUGAGGAUAGGUUUGCAGAUGGAGGAUUGUCCGGGAUUUUCAAGGUCGCGGAUACCGCAUAAUCUGAAUCUGUAUAAACGUUAUGGGAACAUAUUAAUCCAAGAAGUUUCUCCUUCGAUGAUGGAAUCAUGCGAGUUGCUUUCUGGUUUACCAGGACCUCCCGGGCCGGUCGGACCAAACGGUGUCGCCGGACCGGCUGGCUUGCGGGGCUCCCUCGGGGAUAAAGGGUUUCAGGGGGAACCUGGUAGCUCCCCGGUGGGAGGCGGAGGUUUUCCAGUGAAAGGACAGAAAGGAGAACGUGGAGAGAUUGGAAGAAAAGGUGCAAAAGGGAUGAAAGGAAACGCCGGGAGCCCCGGAGGUUUGGGAAAUGUGGGAUCAUUGGGAGCUCAGGGGACACAGGGAGAGAAGGGGACAAUAGGAGUAAGCGGACCACCAGGGAAUAAGGGAGAACCUGGAGUGAGCGAACUGAACUGGAAGCAAUGCAUGUUCAAACCUGAUAUCAAUACACCCAGUGGAGAGUUGGCUGCCUGCACAUUUGUUAAAAAGAACGACAAAACGUCACUACACGUCACAUACCAGGGUGAAACGCAUAUCGGUUUAUGCAGGACCUGCUGUAAAACUUGGCACUUCACGUUUGACAACCUGACGUGUACCGACCCUGCGAGUAUCGAUGCAGUGUUCAGUGGCCUUAACUUGGUUGACGCUGAAGAGAAGAACACUCUCCCAAAGUUUAUGCACGGCAGUAUCUCUGGCUAUUGCAGCUCUGUCCCUGGGGGAUUAGUUCGCGUGGGGAUCUCGCUAGAUGAUUGUCCCGGGUAUCCCAGUAUCCGAGAGAUUGUUCCCGUAGAAAUUCAGCCCAACAGUCGGUUGAUCAUUCAAGAAGUCCGUGCUCCAAAGUACAGACACAUGAUAUCCACAUCAACAAGGCAGAAGUUACAAAUCAGCUCGUCGCGCUGUGAUCAUUUUCAAAACUCCAUUCAGAUAAUCGAAAUUGCGGCCACAGGAGACAAUCUUAACAGUUUGACCGUUUUUCAUGCAAUCAACAUGACACGAAUUUUAAGAUUGAUCAUCUUGUCCGUCUUUUACCAAGUGGUGCAGCCGCAAAGCACAAUCCGUUGGGGAAGACUUCUGUGUCAAGAGGUUGAAACCAAAUGUAAGCAAGACUUUAUCGGAUCCCCUGGAGUUAUCGGGGCCCCAGGGAAUCCAGGACCAGCCGGCGUACCCGGUAUUAAGGGAAUUAGAGGCGAGAGAGGCCCCAAAGGAUUCAGCUACAUAGUAGACCCUUUUCCUCUUCCUGGACCAAAAGGAAGGAGCGGCCAGCUAGGGUUUCCAGGAGCACUCGGACCCAAAGGACUGCCGGGAAGGAACGGUCCUAAAGGUUUUCCGGGAGAACAGGGAUUGGAGGGAUUUAAGGGAACAAAGGGGUCCCGGGGAUUUCCCGGCGUCAAAGGCUCUAAAGGACAGCCAGGAAAUUCCGGGUCCAUACACAGCUGGAAAACAUGUUCGUGGAAACAUGAUCCCCUACAACAAUACGGCUUGCUUAAGGAGUGUGUUUUCAACAAACAAAGUGAAAAUACUGUUUUACACGUGACCUUCGAAGGGAGCAUGCGCGUUGGCUUCUGCAACUCCUGCUGCAAGCGGUGGUUCUUUGCGUUUGACGCCAUCGAGUGUCAGAGAGCCAACAUCGAGGCCAGGCUACAAGGCAUCAAGGUGUUCGCUGGCAUGGAGUACCGUCACGUGAGACUUGAAGGCUACUGCGCACUCCCCGCUGGAGAAGUGUCAGUGGAAUUGUGGGUAGAGGACUGCGUCGGUCAUCAGGGAGCACCGAAAGUUCCAUUUAUCAGAGUUGAUUUGAAUCCCAGAAUUGUUGUCGAAGAGAUCAAUAUGAAUCAAAUAUGAAAGUUGAAGAAUGCAUCUGUAUGUUACAGUUAUAUGUGAGAAAAACUAGACAUAACUUGGACAUUUUAGAGGUUUCGCGCUUGUAUGCACGCUUGUGUGAGCUUUGUGUUUAAGUUCCCACCCACGUUGGAUAACCGUAUGAUUGUUUUUUGCUGAAA